UCCGACUUUACGCAUAGGAGAGUGCAGCCCCGGCAGCGCGUGCCUCUCCGCUCCAGGCUGAAAGUUACUUUGACAGUUUGGCGUUAAUGGGUGACGCGCUUUUAAGGCUUUUGGAAACGAUGAACCAUCGUCUUUUUGACCUGGACUUUGUGUAGUGAUCUCUAUUAAGUUGAAAGUGAAUCCCUAACUCAGAGCGCAACUGCUUUCAAACUAUCGAAGGACUCAUUCGUGUGCGUGUGUGUUUGUGUGUGCGUGCGUUUGUGUGUGUGUUUCUGUUAUUGCCAAGUUCUUGCGCAAAUGCCAAAAAAGCAAAUAUCAAAUCAGCCGGUGAAGUUGACUUAAGCUGACACAUCGACAAUGCAACCCGGCGUCAGUCGCUCGUUUCAGGCUUGAUCUACCGAACAUGGUACGAUAAUCGGAACACACUGAGGGACGAGCAGUCAGAAAUAGAGAGCGCAGAUAUUUAGGACACUCCGUGGUGUGGUUGUGCGAACCGCUGCCUCUCGCGCCCAGGUGUCCCGCCGUGCGGUGCGGAGUCUCCAGCUCAGGCCGGCAGAGCUGACAUGCUGCCUAAAGUCGAGACUGAAUCCCUGGGACUCUCUCGAUCGUAUGGGGAACAGGGGCACAUGCCAAGGAACAUGCAAGCCCCCCAGUUAAAAAUGAUGGACUACUCCUACGAUGAAGACCUGGACGAGAUGUGUCCCGUGUGCGGAGACAAGGUUUCAGGAUAUCACUACGGACUGCUGACCUGCGAAAGUUGCAAGGGCUUCUUCAAGCGCACCGUCCAGAACAACAAGCGUUACACAUGUAUAGAGAACCAGAGCUGCCAGAUUGACAAGACCCAGAGAAAACGCUGCCCAUACUGCCGCUUCCAGAAGUGCCUCACCGUCGGCAUGAAGCUAGAAGCUGUGCGUGCAGAUCGCAUGCGUGGUGGUCGCAACAAGUUUGGCCCGAUGUACAAACGUGACCGGGCUCUCAAGCAGCAAAAGAAAGCGCUGAUCCGAGCUAACGGCCUGAAGAUCGAGGCCAUGAGCCAGGUGAUGCAGGCUGUGCCCACCGACCUCACUAUCUCCUCAGCCAUCCAAAACAUCCACUCUGCAGCCUCCAAGGGUCUUCCCCUUAGCCACCACCCUGGCCACCACACCAGCCACCACCACCACCAUCACCACCAUCACGCCACCGCCCUGCCCCCCACAGACUACGACCGCAGCCCAUUUGUCACCUCACCAGUCAGCAUGGCGAUGCCACCACAUGCUGGCAGCCUGCAGGGCUACCAGGCCGCCUAUGGACACUUCCAGGGCACACGCACCAUCAAGUCUGAAUACCCAGACCCAUACACCAGUUCACCAGAGUCCAUCAUGGGGUAUGCCUACGUUGAUGCUUAUCAAUCAGGCUCCCCGCCCAGCUUCCCUCACUUGAUCGUAGAGCUGCUCAAGUGUGAGCCGGACGAGCCGCAGGUGCAGGCCAAGAUCUUGGCCUAUCUACAACAAGAGCAGGCCAGCCGGGGGAAACACGAGAAGCUCAAUACCUUUGGUCUGAUGUGCAAGAUGGCCGACCAAACACUCUUCUCCAUUGUGGAGUGGGCACGCAGCAGCAUUUUCUUCCGUGAACUCAAGGUGGAUGACCAGAUGAAGCUGUUGCAGAACUGCUGGAGUGAACUCCUCAUCCUUGAUCACGUAUACCGGCAGGUGGUGCAUGCCAAGGAGGGAUCUAUCCUAUUGGUCACUGGUCAACAGGUGGACUUUGCCGUGAUUGCUUCACAGGCGGGAGCAACCCUCAACAAUUUGUUGAGCCACGCUCAAGAUCUGGUAGCCAAACUACGCUCCCUACAGCUGGAUCAACGGGAGUUUGUCUGCCUGAAGUUUCUGGUCCUCUUCAGUCUGGAUGUCAAGAACCUGGAGAACUUUCACCUGGUUGAGAGCGUCCAGGAGCAAGUCAACGCUGCCCUGCUGGACUACGUAAUGUGCAACUACCCGCAGCAAACGGACAAGUUCGGACAGCUCCUCCUGCGACUACCUGAGAUCCGGGCCAUCAGUCUGCAGGCUGAAGAAUAUCUUUACUACAAACACCUGAACGGCGAUGUGCCCUGCAACAACCUGCUCAUUGAAAUGCUGCACGCCAAGAGGGCUUAGGAGGGUCACAGCCCGUCUGCAGCUCCAGAAACUCCAAACAAUGCCAUUACCAAACUGAACUCCCAGCUUACAGCUGACUGUGUGAUGGUCUGGAAGGACGGAGAGAAGCGAACAUUUAGAAACUCUUGUUUAUAUCGAGCUCAUUUGGAUGUUCAAGUUACAACAUGAAGUGCAGAUCUGGACAAAUACAUGUGCUGAGACUUUUGAAUAAUGAGCACAGGAAAACAAUACACAGAUGGCUUUAUUGUAAAGAAAAAGAGAAAAAAAAAGAAGAAAGAGAGCAGUGAAUGUCUGAAAGAAGGGCCGCUUCUCCUUAACUGCACAGAAAAAGACAGUGUUGAAAGGACGAAAAAAAAAAAAAAAACACCUGAAGCAAAGUCUACAUUUGACACGUGAUGAUAUUCAGUCGUCUGCGCAAGCAAGACUAUCAGACGGUGCGACCGAGACCUUAAAAAAAAUCACAACCCUGAAGUGUUUUAGCGCUGGUGUUACCACGAGAGGCUUUUUGUGCCGGGAAAGGAAGUUGACUAACACUGCCCAUCUUUCAGACAGCUUUGUGACAUGACUGGUGGCUUAUUCUGUGGAUGAUCCUCCUGUGUGCUCUUUAACUAAAACUGACUUUGAGCUGUUGUUGGUACUGUAAAGGCAAACAGACAAGCAGUCAAUCAGGCGAGACUCUUUCGGUGUCUGGUCUGGUUUUUCAACUCAGACGUGCCCUACAUGGCAGCUGGACCUAAAUAAGAAGGGAAAACAGAAGGUUAAAAAAAAAAAAGAGGUCUGGAGAAAAAAAAUACAUUGAAUAACAAACAAAAUAGGCUAAUAAGAAUACUUUUCCUCUUGUAAUGGAAGUCAUUUGCUCCUCGUGCUCACCUUGUGGUUCCCCUUUCUUAUACCACCUCCCGAAAUCAUCUUAAACUAUGUACCUCAGAAAGACCAGUUAAUAAUGUCAGCUUAAAUAAUUGUAUUUAUAGCCCUUUUUUCCUGCAAAAAAAUAAGAAGAAAAAAAAACACAUCUCCUUUUUAUCAUUUCAUUCAAACUGGAACAAAACAAAGAGUGAUUCUGGAGACUGAGAAGGAUUAUUCCUGCCUUUGUCCGAAGACCAAAGCCUGCAGCAGUAGAGAAGAAGGUAAAUUACAAAUACCUAAUAAUCAGUAUUAUAAGACAAAAAAAAUUGUGAUGUCACAUUUAUGUGAGUCUUGCCUUAUUUCAUUACCAUGCUAGCUAACCGCGCAGAUGUGAAUGAAAAUAUGUACAAAUAUAUAUAUAAAGUAUUAAUGUUGUAAAAAAUUAAAACAAAAAAAAUGAAUUCAACAGGUGUUUACAUUCAUGGGGUCAUAUGGGAGAGAACUGUGAUGAAGCAUAAAUUGCAAAGCAAUGAUUUCCUAAAAAAAAAAAAAAAAAAAAAAAAGGAAAAAAAGAAAAAAAUUAAACAUGAAAUCAGCAAAGUUAAGAAAAAGAUCCCUCUAUCUGGCUUUCUUUGGUGUGUGUACAGUGUUUUUUUAUUAUUAUUAUUUUGUUUUGAGCAGUACUUAAAUUAUGUCGUGAGACACUAAAAUCAAAGAGGAAUCAAACUUAAACUAUAAUUUUCUGUGUCUGCUGGCAUUCAAACAUUACAUUUUUGAGCAUUGCUGUAAAAGAUUUCCAUUUCAUUCUCAAACAUUUUAUUUGUAAAAGUUUUCUCUUUUUUUUUUUUUUUACAGUGCUUUGAUCUUAUGGAUGUACAGUAUGUCACUGGUUACGCUUAACAAUGAAGAUAAUUUAUUGCGUCAAUAGGUUUCCAUCUUUGUGUUACAUGACGUGAGGUGUCCACACCAGAAUAAAUUUGUUUACUGUAGCAUGUUCUUGUUUUGUUUCCAUUAGUAGUUCUGAGAUGCAGGUCUAGAGCAAAAACAAUGGACUUAAAAAAGAAAAAGGAAAAGAAAA